AUGAUUUCGGAACCUACGGUUAGAGGAUCGAACAAAGUAUCGACGCAAGGUUCGCCUGGAGAACCGUCCCGAUCAACAAGAAAGUCACCAAAAAAGGCUGCAAGAGGAUCGUCAAAAGUAUCCACAAAUGGGUCGGCUGGGGAAUCUUCCCAAGGUUCAACAAGGAAGGCAUCUAAAGGAGCUUCAAGAGGAUCGUCAAAAACAUCGACGAGAGGAUCAACUGGAUCAUCAAUCAGAGGGUCGACGAAAGGAGCAACCCGAGUAGAUGUUCAAGGAGCAUUCCAAGCAUCAGCUCAAGGAACAUCAGACGGAACACGCCGACGAUCACGACGAGGAGAUGGCAGAUCACGACGAGGAGAUGGCAGUGGAGCAUCUCAAGCAGCAGCUCAAGGAACAUCAGACGGAUCUCGUCGAGGAGAAGGCAGAGGAGCAGCUCAAGAAGUAGCUCAAGAAGCAGCAGAAAGAGCAGUGCGAGCACCAUCAGGCCGAGAAGCAGUUCAAAAAGCAGGAAGAGCAGGAAAAGGAGCGGGUCGUGGAUGA